AAUGAUCCGAAUUGGUUCCGCUCGAUCGGUGAUCGCCGCAAACUGAAAGUCAACAGAAAAGGGUGGUGCAACGGCCGGUUGCCUCUGGCCCUGACGCCUCAAAUGUUAAGAUAAAAUAAAUGGGGGAGGAGUGAAAGUGACGAAGAGGAAAAGAGGGGGAGGCGAAGGAAAAGGAGUUUAAAAAAGGUGGUAAGAUUCCGAUCGCCAAACGGAGGAGCGAAGAAACGGAAUUCGGGAAGAACUGACCGGUAGCAGUAGCGGCCUCUGCCUCUCUCUCUCUCUCUCCCUUCCUUCCUCGACAAGCUUCGAGAACAGAACACGACUCUCUUUCACCGGGGUACUGACGCGCGCACCGCGAAGGCCAUCUCCCUCCUUUCCUCUGCUCUCCGUCUUUUCUCUCUCUAGAACCCGCUUCCGUCGCCGUCGUCUUUGGCUGCCUGCAGUUGCCGAAUCGGAGACGGGUACCGAUUAGGGAAACAUGGGGAGGUACAUGAGGAAGUGCAAAGGAGUAGGGGAGGUAGCGGUGAUGGAGGUGUCUCAGGUCGCUGGGGUGCGGACACGCGCCCGAGCCUUGGCCGCCCUCAGGAGGAAUAGCAGUGCAGCCGCUGUCGUCGGGGAGCUGCAGGUCUCUUACCUCGAGUUGAGGAGCCGGAGGCUCGUCAAGAGCGCGCCCGCCAGGGGGAAAAAUGCGGAGCUUCCGGCUCGGGUGCCUGCCCCGGCGGAACGUGAGGUGAAUUCCGGCGCUGCCGCCGCCUGUGAGGCGGAGGUUAGGACUUCCAGCAACGGGUCGAGCGUGGAGGAUGAUGCGCCGGGUGCGGGGAGGUGCGGCGACGUCUCGGAUCUGGAGGUGGAGGUUUCGCUGGGGGAGACUGCCGUGGACUACGAAUGCUCGGGGAGCAUCAGGGAAGCGGCCGCAUCGAGCAAUCUCGGAGAGGAAUCCGAAGCUCUCGAGUCAACGACGAGUCCGGACGUCAACAAUUACGGCGAUCACGGCCGGAAAACCUCAAAACGAUCGGCGCCUUCAGUGUCGGAGAUCGAAGAAUUCUUCGCCGCAUUCGACAAGGAAGAGCAACGGCGAUUCACCGAGAGGUAUAACUAUGACCCGGUGAAGGAUGUACCCUUGGCAGGUAGAUACGAGUGGGUGAAAGUGACGCCGUGAAGUGAAGACGAAGACAGAAGAAAGAUGGAGAGAGGGCAGGCUGCACAGUGUGAAAACUUAACACUUACAGUCCUCCCCUCCGCCUCCAUCCUUUGUCUCUUUCUCCGGCUUCUUGUUAAACAAGGCACCGAACUUCUCCUCCUCCUCAAAUCUCAAUCCCCCGCCCCCCGUCUUUAUUUUUCUAGCUACUGAGUUCCUCUGUAGAUGAUUAAGAAUCAGGAACCCAAACCCCCAAUUCUCCUUCCUCUUGUUCAUGUUCCCCUUGUUCAAUUGCCGGAAUAAAAUUUCACCUUUAACGAAUCA